CCGGGGCCUCCUUCUCCCGUAGGCCGUGGCCGGGGAAAGCUUCAGGGAAUCGGGAUGCAGUCUGUUCAACAUGUCGGUCCGAUGAGAACCUUCUGAAGGGCCGGUCCACUGCAGAGGUCAUGAUCGGAACCUUUAAGUGAACCGAACCGGAAUAUGGACUAACGGGAGCGGGAGUCCAGGGUGGCGCCAUGGCAGCACGGCUUCUGGACCGCCUGAAGCGCUCUCUGUUUAAGGACACUCAGGGGCCCGAAUCGGACCGGAGAGCAGGGGAAGGACCAGAGGAGGGGCGGGGCUUCAGCAAGGAGUGGUGGGAGGCGGAGCUAGAGGAGGAGGAGGAGGAGGGCGUGACGGAGCGACUCAGAGGAAGGCUUUGCUUCGAUGGCGGAGAGUUUGGAGGCGAGGAGAUGGACAGCGACUCUGACUUCCUGGGAGAGUCGAUGGAGGAGGGCCUGAGCAGCACUGAUGCCAGUCCAGGCGGCGUGUGCCCCGUUGGCCCCUCCCCUUCCACGCUCACUCAGCCGCUUCAGGAACGCUGGAGGAACCUCCGUGGACUCGGAGCAGCCGGUCCGGAUCGCAGCACCGGGCGACACUCGGAUAGCUUGUCCUUCGAGGUGACGGACGCCAGCGUGGUCCAGGAUGGCGCCUCCAAAUUCGUGCUCUACACCAUCCAUGUGAUCCAGUCGGGUGGCAGCGAUAAGACUCCUGCCGUCAUCAACCGCCGCUACUCUGACUUCCAGCGACUCCAUGCCGCCCUGAGGCGUAACCAUGGUGACCAGAUGGAGCGCGUCUCGUUCCCACGAAAGAAGCUGCGUAGGAACUUCACGGCCGAGACCAUCGCCAAACGCAGCCGGGCCUUCGAACAGUACCUGUCCCACGUGUGUUCCCUGCCUGUCCUGCGGGGGGCGCCGAGCGUGCGCCACUUCUUUUACCUGAGCGACCUGCAGGCGGGCCAGCUGCUCCUCAGGUCCGGACGGUUCCAGGAGGCAUUGGGUCCUCUGCUUAAUGCAAAGAGACUACAACACAAGUUGGGCUGGGCCAGUAACCAUGACGACGGGAUGCAGUCCCCACACCUGGCCUCAUCUCAUUGGUUCUUCACCUUGGUGGGGCUGUUGUGCUGUUUCCAGGAGGAGGAGCAGCUGGAGGAGGCUCUGGAGCACGGAGAACUUGCCCUAAGUGUUCUUCUCCCUAACGAAAGCUGCAUCGGUGCUCAGCGUAAGCCCCUCCCACUGCAGGAUAAGCCCCUCCCCUUUAUGUGCCUGCUGCUGCCGCUCCUGCAGGCAGUGAUCCGACUCUCAUGGCAAACAGGAAGAGACAAGCAGCGGUGGGAGGAGCAUCUUCAGCAGCUGGGGGAGCAGCAGGUGGGGCCAGACGACCGUCUGACGGUCAGAGAGUUCCUGCUGAGGUUCCAGCUGCAGGAGGCCGCUGGAGGCGGAGGGAGCUCCACGUAGGAGGAAGCAGUCCCAGACUUUCAGAAUAAAGCGCCGAUAUAUGCUGGAGGUCAAUGAGGUCAAACAUUUCUGGAACAUCUUGGCUCCUCAGAUUGGUUUUACUCUCCAUCCUUAGAAGCAUCAGAACUGCCUUUAAAGGUCCAGAAUUAGUGAUGGAGGCGAGUUCAUGCAGAUUGUUCCAGAUGCCUCAGAGAAGGAAAGGUAACAGAAACAGAGGAGGAAAGGAAAGGUAACA